GGUGGUAUUAGUACCUCUAACUUUAGUAGAGUACUUGACAGAGUGGUAUUAGUACCUCUAACUUUAGUAGAGUACUUGACAGAGUGGUAUUAGUACCUCUAACUUUAGUAGAGUACUUGACAGGGUGGUAUUAGUACACUCCUUUUCCUGUUAUCGUGAAGGGGCGGGGCCUCCAAACCGAAAGUAGGUGCGCUACAGACUGUUGACGGUCCUCCAUUUUCCUGCGACGUUGACCCGGAGAAGCCCGAGAGGCUCGUGGAGGAGACCACCACCGGCCGCUGUGACUUUCAGCAACAACGCAAGAAAAUGGCAGAGGAGAGGAAGUUGAGGGAGCAGUCCAGCUCUUCGUCCUCCACUCAUUCCCCCCUGUCUGAACAGCCAAUCAGCUCCAGCAGUGAGGAUAUCAGUUCACAGGUGAGUGAAGCCGAGUCCUCGGCUCCCAGCUGUGUUUCUCUGAAGAGUGAUGGAUCCAUGCUCCAGCCGCUCUGGUUUGGUCAUAAGAGACAAAGUUCACAGGUGAGUGAAGCCGAGUCCUGGCCUCCCAGCUGUGUUUCUCUGAAGAGUGAUGGAUCCAUGUUCCAGCCGCUCUGGUUUGGUAAUAAGAGACAACGUUCACAGGUGAGUGAAGCCGAGUCCUCGGCUCCCAGCUGUGUUUCUCUGAAGAGUGAUGGAUCCAUGCUCCAGCCGCUCUGGUUUGGUAAUAAGAGACAAAGUUCACAGGUGAGUGAAGCCGAGUCCUCGGCUCCCAGCUGUGUUUCUCUGAAGAGUGAUGGAUCCAUGUUCCAGCCGCUCUGGUUUGGUAAUGAGAGACAACGCCAGCUCACUGUACAACCAGCAACAACAAGAAAAGAUCCUGACCACCAGAGAGUCGCUGAGGAAGACGCUGGGCGCUGCCUUUUUUUGAAAGCAAAGAAGAAUCUUAAAAAAGAAAUGCAGAGGAAGUUUGCCUCGACACUUGAAGGCCUUGGUGACCAAGAGAACCCCAUGAACAGCAUCUACACGACACUCUUCAUCACCACCGCGGAGAGCGAGGGGCCCCACGAGGAGCGGUCGUUCAGAUACACCAAACAACCACAAUCUUCUGAACAAUCAGUCGACCUCUGCGACAUCCUGAAGCCUUUGCCUGGUCAAGAGACGCCGGUCAGAACAGUCCUGACGAAGGGCGUCGCGGGAAUCGGAAAGUCCUUUUCUGUGCAGAAAUUCAUUCUGGAUUGGGCCGAGGGGAGAGAAAACCAGGACGUCGAUUUUGUUUUCAACCUCGCUUUCCAAGAGCUGAAUUUGAGUACAGAUAACCAGAGCUUGCACAAGCUCCUGGCUGAUUUUCACCCUGCGGUCCGAGAUCUGAAAGACCCUGAAGAUUUCGUCAAAGCCAAAGUUAUAGUGAUCCUGGACGGCCUGGAUGAAGGCAGAUUUCCGCUGAACUUCAAAACCAAGAGAGUGACAUCUGUCAGUGAAGUAACAUCUGUGGAUAACCUCGUAGAAAACCUCAUCCGGGGGAACCUUCUGCCUAAGGCUAACCUCUGGAUAACGUCACGUCCAGCAGCAGCCAAUCAGAUCCCUGAAAAGUUUGUUGACAUGGUGACGGAGAUAAGAGGGUUCAGUGACCGACAAAAAGAACAAUACUUCAGGGAGAGGUUUCGUCAGGACGAGGGUCUCGCUGUCAGGUUCAUUUCGCACAUGCGCUCCUCACCGAGUCUCGACAUCAUGUGCCAGAUCCCGAUCUUCUGCUGGAUUGCCGCCGUAUUAUUUAAGGAGAUCUCCGGGGGAGACGAGAAAGCCGAACCCCCUCAAACUUUGACAGAGAUGAUGGCGCAUUUGCUGAUUACACAAACAAAACUCAGAAGCAGAAAGUAUGGCCAGAAAACACACAAGGAGUUCCUUCUGAAACUCGGUAAGCUUGCAUUUGUUCAGCUGCAGAAGAAUAACCUCAUCUUCUACGAGGAAGACCUGGAAGAAUGUGGCAUUGACAUACCAGAAGCAACCAUCUACUCUGGAUUUUGCACCACCAUUCUUCGGGAAGAACGACUCGUUUUCAAGAAAAAUGUAUUUUUCUUUGUGCACCUGACCAUACAGGAGUUCUUUGCGUCUUUUUUUGUCUUUGACUGUUUCACAAACAAGAACACAAAAGAGCUCGGCAACUUCCUCAGUCCGGAGGACGGAGAACAUACUUUACUUGAUCUUCUAAAGAUGACAGUUGACAAAGUGUUGGAAGAUCAGAACGGACACCUGGACCUCUUCUUGCGAUUCCUCCUCGGCCUCAUGGUGGAACCAAACCGGAGAGUCCUUCAGGGUCUGCUGAAGACGCCGGACGCCAGCGAAGAUACCGAGAAGAAAAUCUUGACUAGCCUCAAAGCCAUCCGAAGAAAGACCCUCUCUCCAGACAACUGCAUCAACCUCUUCCAGAAUAUUGUCGAGAUGAGAGACCACAAAGUCAAAGAUGAGAUUGAAGAAUAUCUCAAGUCGUCCGAUGGUUCCAAAACAGAGCUGACUCCCCUGCACUGCUCUGCGCUGGCCUACAUGCUGCAGGUAUCAAAGCAGGAUCUGGAUGUGUUGGACUUGAAGAGUUUCAACACAUCGGAGAAAGGCCGAAGGAGGCUGAUACCAGCUGUGAUGAUCAGCAGAAAGGCCAUACUUGCAGACUGCAAAGUGGACGAGGCAUGGCUUAAGCAUCUGGCCUUUGGCCUCAACUUCCCCUACUUACCUCUGAGAGAUCUGGAUCUGAGCAACAAUGACCUGAAAGAUUCAGGAGUAAAGCUGCUCUGUGAUGGACUGUCGAGUCAAUACUGCAGACUCGAGACGCUGAGGCUGUCAGGUUGUCAGAUCACAAAGGAUGGCUGCGCUUCUCUGGCCUCGGCUCUACGUUCGAAGGCCUCCAAACUGAUGGAGCUGGACCUGAGCUACAACCAUCCAGGAGAAUCAGGAAAGAAGCUGCUCUCUGAGCUGAAUAACGACCCACGGUACAAGCUCAAUCUUGAUCAUGGUGGAAGUCAACGGAUGAAACCGGGAUUCAAGAAAUAUGCCUGUGCGCUCACUUGGGACCCCAACACGGCCCACAAGAAGCUCCUUCUCUCGGAGGGCAACAGAAAGGUGACCCGGGUGGAAGACGAGCAGCCAUACCCGCCUCAUCCAGAAAGGUUCGAUCCCAGCCAACAGGUGCUGUGUGAACAGGGUCUGGAGGGGCGCUGCUACUGGGAGGCCGAGGUGACGGAGCCCUUCAACAUCGGGUUAACGUACAGAACCAUUGGCAGGAAAGGGGAUGUGAAUGAUUGCAAGCUGGGACGCAGCGAUAAGUCUUGGUCCAUGACUUGCUCUGAUGAUGGUUGUUUUGUUCUGCACAACAACCAGAGUGUGUGCGUCUCUUCCCUGAGCUCGCGCUCCAGCCGGGUGGGGGUGUAUCUGGAUGGGCCGGCUGGCACCCUGUCCUUCUACAGAGCUUCCUCCGACAGUCAGACCCUCAUCCGUACCUUCAACGCCACGUUCAAAGAGCCCCUCUAUCCCGCCGCUGAGCUUCGCACUCAUUCGUCUGCGUUAUUUUGUCAGCUGCCGUAGAUCCAUCAGCGGCCGAAGGCUACCAGGUGUGUUGAAGCCGUUUGCAGCGCGUAGAAUCGGCUUCAGAGGCAGUCGGGGAAAGAGCGGUCGGACCGGCUGUUGUGAUCUUGUUGCUCCGUGUUUUUCGCCUUCACCUUUUUUCUUUCGCCACGUGCCAACCGCACCCGCAGUAAAACAGAAGGGAAACAUGAAUAAAUAUUAAAUACAAACUUUUUCCGACACGACAAGAACCGCCCGGCUUAGCCGACGAGCUCGUGCAACGAAAGGCUAAGCUUCAGAAACGCGCUACGACGUGAAAAGCACAUUCUCUUCUCGCAUGAAAUGAACCAUGUAUUGUAUAGCUCAGUACAGUGCCGUAACGGAAACACAUGAGGCCCCCCUGCAGAAUAACCCUGAGAGGGCCCCCCCCCCAUAUGUAAGGGAUAAUGUAUUGUCCGGCGGUCAUUAUCC